AUGGAAAAGGAGCAAUUGUAUCUCUUAUUCUGCAGCUUUUUGGUACGAGCAGAUUUGAAAAACACUGAAAGAUUAGUUCGAGGAACUAAUAGCCUGAAUAGGAAAGAUGCCGCUGAAGCCCUGUGUGUUUUAUGGCCAGAACUGGACGAUCCUAAGAAUUUCGCCAUCAUAAUGAAUUGCCUAACUGAACAAGUGAAUGAUUGCGAAGGCAUUCUUCCUUCACUUUUAAAUGGUGAUGAAAAUCUGAUUGCAACUGUUGAGAUGGAUCCUGAUACGAUAACGAGUAGAUACCACGCUCUGAAAGGCUACGUUGAAGCAACGUUGGAAAAAUAUGACUUAACAGUAAACAUUGACGAUGAACAAUUUAGCUUACUGAAAGCACGUGUUAUUAUUUGCAACUUGGUUCAUGCUGACCCCUUAUUCUACAAGUCAGUGUGGAAUUCUAAGAUUAAGAUCAAUCAGAGUUUUGAAAAGUGGGUAUCUGGUAUUCUCAAACCAUUAGCUCACUUUAACAAACGCUCCAACCAUCACCUAUCAAUAUCCACAUUUGAAGGAUUGACUGUAAGCAAUAUACUAAAUCUCUUUUGGAGAACUUCGGAGACUGUCACAGAUUUAUCAAUAUCAAUUCUUCGCCCUAUCCUAACUUAUGAGAUCAUUCCCUACAUCCAGUUCUCCCAUUCCUACGAAGAGUUCUUGGCUGAAAUAUUAAACGUUGGUGAUUUCCCGCUAGACACAAUGCCAAAUUAUCAUUUAUUCAAACACAUGGUAUUAGAAAUGGGCCACGUCUUCCCAGAUGACCUAAGAGCCAGUUUCGAAAAGCAAAUCCUAUCCAUUCUCUAUGAAAAUGGUGCCAACAUUUCCAAAGUGAUAAGAAUGAACGUCUCUAAUGAAUUCAUAUCAAUUUUAUCCUCCCUGCAGAGCGAAAUCUCUCUCGCCAAUACCCCCGAUGUUCUUACUUUGAAGUUUUAUGCUGAGCAUAUGGAUACUCUGCAGAUUUACAAUCUCAAGGAUAUCUACAAGCUGAGCCAAGGCAGCGAACUAGCUCAAAAGUCUUACUUUUCAUCUGUCUGCAAAAAUGUGUUAGGGUCUACCUUAACGACUAGCACCCUAGAAGAACUAAUAUCGUUGACCGAUGAAAGUUACCUUUUUGUCAAGAUAUCAAAAGAAACAAAGGAAUCGAUUAUUAUCGAGACAUUACUCAAUUUAGGCCAAUUUGAUCUCCUACACAAUUUCAUGGCUAGGUCAACAUUUCACAUCGAGGAUUCAGUUUUGCUUAAGUAUUUCUGGAGAUUCUUUAAUAAUGCUUCUAACGGGAGUCGCUUACGCCCUGAGAUUGUGAAGGCAAGAAAGACUCUAGAACUCCUUCCAGAAGGAGCUUACGACCACCUGAAUAUUCUUCUCGAGGUUGCAGACCAACUCUCACAAUUCUCGUUAAGUUUUACUAAAAUGAAUAAUAAAAAAUUGCCAUUUAAGCCCUCGCACAUCAUUGAGUUAAAGAAUCAGCCAUUCGACAUCAUUACGAAUUUGUUGUCGUCAAAUCAAGGUCUUUACAAAGAUUUCAAAACCACAACAGAAAUACUGAAGAGACUAUACGGAGGAUUAGAAAUUACACCAUCAACUCCAGAUUUCUACAAUGAGACGUCUGAACUACUGUCUUUGCAUAUAGACUUUGCAUUAGGGGAUAUGGACUUUGAAUUUGCUUAUCAAAAGUCUUCAGAGCUAUUGGGGAGAAAAGAUUGCCGACAAUUCUGGUCAACAGUUUUCCAAGUGGGUAAGUUUUUUGAUCCUAAUUGGCCUGAAAAUGAAAUUCCCACUGAAAUUAUUUACCUACAAUUGGAAAUUCUCAGUAAGCUUCUCCAUAUAUGCCCUGAGGAAGAGGUCGAAGCUGUUGUCUCACAGUGGAGUGGUUUGGAAAUGGAACUAGCCUCCAGAGAUAUAGUUAAUGACAAAUUCUCUCUCAGCAAUAACAGGUCAAGUAAAGAAUUCCAACAAAAGAUAGUUCAAGAAGUUUCUUCCAGCGUGUCAAAUUUCCUAUCAAGUGGAUUUAAGUGGGCAAUUGGAGAUGAUGCGUACAAUUGA